AUGACACCCUUUAUCCUCACCGAGACGUCCGCCGGGUAUGCGCUGCUCAAGGCAAAGGACAAGAAGCUGCUCAAGCGGGAUGACCUGGCGAAGGAUGCAGAGACGGCGGAGGGCAUCAACGGGAUGCUGAAGUUGAAGCAGUUCAGGAAGUUUGAGAGUGCGAGCGCGGCGCUCGAGGAGGCGGCUGCGCUCACGGAGGGAAAGGUCACACCGAUGCUUUCAGGCAUGCUGAACGACUUGAAGGAGGAGAAGAAGAUAUCGCUCGCCGUCGCUGACCCCAAGCUCGGCAACGCGAUCACCAAGAUACCCGGCCUCCAAAUUUCACCUGUCUCAGACUCGACGACCGCCGACCUCUACCGCGCCAUCCGCGAACACCUCCCCUCCCUCAUCCCAGGUCUCAUGCCCGAGGAAAUCAGCACCAUGUCUCUCGGUCUCUCGCACAGCUUAUCCAGACAUAAGCUCAAGUUCAGCCCUGAUAAGGUGGACACUAUGAUUAUCCAGGCGAUAGCGUUACUCGAUGACCUCGACAAGGAACUGAACACGUAUGCUAUGCGAGUGAAGGAGUGGUAUGGCUGGCAUUUCCCGGAGAUGGCGAGGAUCAUCAACGACAACCUAGCAUAUUCGAGGGUCAUUCUUUCGGUGGGCAUGAGGACGGCUUGCGCUACGACGGAUCUCAGCGACAUCCUUCCAGAGGAGAUCGAGUCCGCGGUCAAGGCGGCUGCUGAGGUGUCCAUGGGGACGGAGAUCACUGAAGAGGACCUCGACAACAUCCAGGCUUUGGCGGAGCAGGUCGUUGGCUUUACAGAGUACCGACAGCAGCUCUCAUCCUACCUUACCUCGCGCAUGCAGGCCAUUGCACCAAAUCUCACCACCCUCGUCGGCGAGCUUGUUGGCGCUCGGCUGAUAGCACACGCUGGGUCCCUGAUGAACCUCGCGAAGUCACCAGCAUCUACAGUCCAGAUCCUUGGCGCGGAGAAGGCUCUCUUCCGGGCUCUCAAGACGAAGCACGACACGCCAAAGUACGGUCUCAUCUACCACGCCAGCCUGAUCGGACAGGCAUCCGGCAAGAACAAGGGCAAGAUUGCGCGCAUGCUGGCGACCAAAGCUACGCUUGGGCUUCGUGUCGACGCGCUCAGCGAGUGGGGCACGGCAGGCGAAGGCGCAGAAGAGGAGCCAACGGAGGAGGAGAAGGCCAGUGUCGGAAUCAAUGGACGCGCAAUGCUGGAGAGGCGACUGAAAGCUUUGGAGGGCAAGCCACUAAGAGCAAAUGCCGUAGCCAUUGGACCGCAAGGGCAGAAGCAGCAGGUCCAGCCAGCCAAGUUCGAUCUCAAGGAGGCGAGGAAGUACAACCCGGACGCCGAUGGCAUCUCACCCGACGCGCCAGCCGCGCAGCCCAAUGGUGUUGCAUCAUCAAGCAAGAAGCGGAAGUUGGUGGAGGAGAUGGACGUCGAUGUCAACGUACCCGCGAAGAAGCCCUCCAAAAUCGUGGCAGAGCCUGAUGCAGAUUCCUCCGAGGAAGAUGACGAGAGCGAGGCACCGCAAGACGAGGGUGAUGGCAAGCUUAUCACGUCUACGAACGUCAACGGCACUGCUUCCCGCACGGAGGCGAACGGCCAAAUACCGACACCAGCACAGACGCAAGCGAGCCAGCCAGGUUUGAAGCCGGAGGGGAAGGCCAGUAAGAAGGACAAGAAGAAGGACAAGGAGGGCGAGACGAAGGAGGAAAAGCGCGCACGGAAAGCCGAGAAGCUUGAGAAGAAGGCUAAGAAGGAGGCGAAGAGGUUAGCAGAGGCACAGGCAGGUGCUGGGGCGGAGAAGGAGAGCAAGAAGAAGAGGAAGGCUGAUGACAUGGACGGUGGGGAGAAGAAGAAAAAGAAGAAGGUCAAGGCUUGA